AUGAGUUCUCAAGAUAAGGUUUCGUCGCGCCAUGCUUCUUUGUUCUUAUAUCUCCAACAGUUUACGUUUGUGAUUAAGCACAAAGCCAGGUCUCUCAACAAGGUUGCGGAUGCUCUUAGUCGCCGACAUGCUCUCCUCUCAACCUUACAUGUUUCAGUUCCGGGUUUUGAAACUCUCCCUGAGUUGUAUUCACUUGAUCCGUUUUUCGGUAAGCUUUGGAUCAAUGCUAAUGAAGGCGUUCUUUUGGAUUCGAGAUUUUUGGGUCAUUUUUGGCGAUCAUUGUGGCGUUUAUUAAAGACCUCUUUGGAUAUGAGUUCGGCUUAUCAUCCUCAAACGGAUGGACAAAUGGAGGUGACUAACCGUGCGUUAGGUGAUUUACUUUGUUGCUUGGUUGGUGAUAACAUCCGUACAUGGGACAAGGUGAUUUCUCAAGCUGAAUUUGCUCACAAUCAUGCCGUGAAUUGCAAUACAAGUAUGAGUCCUUUCCGUGUCAUUUAUGGCGUGACUCCUCGUGCUCUUGUGGAUUUGUCUUUGCCACCAGACCGAACUCGCUUUCACACUCGUGCUUGUGAUACGGUUUAUAACGCCCCGACCGUCCUUCCCGGUGAGUCACCCACGCCCUCUCUCUGGGCCCGCAGGCCCAUCUCGGCCCGUGGGCCUCACCCCUGUCCGACGGCCGGUCCGUUAUUUUUGAGAGGCUCUAAUGACUUGUUUACUAUCCCUGCAAUCAACACCCGACCUUUCCCCGUGUUUUGGCCUCACUCACACGGUUUCGGAAACCACUUCCCGAAGGUCACCCAUCCUUCAACUACUCCAGCCCAAGCACGCUUAACUCUGGAGUUACUUAUAGACCUUUGA